AUGCGGCAUAGUCAUCGCGACGCGGCGCGGCGCGGCACGGCGAUCGUUUGCACGUUCGUUGGUCGGUCGUCGCGCGUCGGUUUUACCAGCAUCAGGCAGUACAGAAAAAGUGGUGGCAUAAAACGCCUUCCGUCGAAGAGAGUAGAUCGUCGUCGAACCGUAGUGAGCGAACCGGUUUCGCCGCAGGGGGGCGAACUGUACCGAUCGACCGAACCGACCGAUCAACGAAUGAACAAGAGUAGGAGAGGCGCCGGCGAUGGUCGGCUCGGCAGCGACGACGACGGGUCUGGCAGCAUACAGCUGGUCGGUGGGUCGGUGGAGCUGUGUCGAAUAGCCUCUGAACAAAUGGGCUUGGCCGUUCGAAAGAACGCCGGCACCCAGCCCAGACCCAGGCCCUGGCACAGCGCUUCGUCGCGUCAGCGGCUCGCAGCUGCUGCCGCGUCGCGCGGCGUAAAAAGUGGCCUGGUUCGUGGCGCGGUGACGGCGGCAGUUGCAGCCGAUGCUGAUUGGUGGCGAAUCGGCUAUGCGAGCUGCACCUCCUCUUUCAGUGACGAAGUGAAGACUGAUUUGCUUUUCAGCAACGUGACGUCAUGCCCGAGGACGACCACUACCACCAGCAGUAAUACGCGAACUAGCGACGAAACACACAGUGUCGGAGGAGGCAGCAAUAUGGAAUCGUCCGAGUACCGUUCGACGAUCUCUGCGCGACCAAACUUUGCGCGCACGUCCACGUCCAACAUGUGGAGCCCGAGCGGAGGUCGGGUGCUGAAGAUCGUCACCGAGAUGGGCAGCACCACGUCGUCCAGCUUCAGCCCAUCGUUCUCGGCCGGUGCCGCGUCGGCGAUCCUCGAAUCGCGAGAACGCGAGAAGAAGGAGAUGCAAGACCUGAACGACCGUCUGGCCAGCUACAUCGAGAAGGUGCGCUUCCUGGAGGCGCAGAACCGCAAGCUGGCCGCCGAUCUCGAGGCCCUGCGCAGCCGCUGGGGCAAGGACACGUCGUCCAUCAAGUCCAUGUACGAGGGAGAGUUAACCGAGGCGCGCAAGCUCAUCGACGACACGGCCAAGAGCAAGGCCCAGCUUGAGGACCAGAUCAACCGCCUGCAGAGCGAACUCUCCGAGUUCCGCAGAAAGUAA